AUGUAGCAGAAUAUCGCCUUUCAUUGCUGGACAUCUAUCAGUUAUGUGCUGAAAAUUGUGUUUAAGUGAAUUUUCUGUUAGAGGAACUUGUUGCUACUGUUACCAAGAUGAUUGCUACACCCUUGAAACAUCCAGUAAUUCACUUGUCUUCAGAAGCAUCUUCUCAGAAGAGAAAUAUGCCCAUGCAUGCAAUCUUCUUUGACAACAUUCCUUCAGGCACACUAACCCCUGUGAAAGAUUUGGUGAAGUAUCGGGAUUCCUCUUUAAAAUUGAAUGACAACAAAACAAAUCAAUUCCUAGAUAUGACAGUUUUUCAUAAUAAAAAUGUAUUUCAGUCUACCAUGCUUACAGAGGCUGCUACCACCAACAGUUCUCUUGAUAUCAGUGCUAUAAAGUCCAACAUGGAUAUAUUACAAAAUAAAGCAAACUAUGAAUCACCAGGAAAAAUAUUUAAAAGAAUGAAAGAAAAAGUACUGCGUGAUAAGCAAGAACAAGCAUCAAGAAAUGACACUUUGUUGAGACCACCAAAAACUAAAAAUAAUAAAAUAUUCACUCCUACUGAAGCUGAGGAAAAAAUAUUGCAGAAUACCUACCUGUGUGAAGAAAAGGAAAACAAUUUCUUCCAGUCAAGUAACAGUUCACAGAGAGCCCCAACCUCAGUCCAAGAAGUUCCUCUAGAAUCAAGUAUUUUCCUUCCAGUCAAGUCAAAGACUGGAUGUCGAAAAAAGAAAGCACCUCCGCACAAUUUAACUUACGAGCUUUCCGUUCUGAGUCCUGGGCAGGAAAAUGUUGCAGUUUCAGGUACCUCCAACAAGGCCUUAACUAGAGCUCAGCUGGCUAAACAGAUUCUUCACUCCAAGGAAAAUGCAACUAUAACCAUUGAGUCCAAAAAGAACACAUUUGUGGUAGAAGACAUUGAUUCUACCUAUGAACAGUCGCAAAGUACUGGUCUUGAGACUCUCACUAUUAACUGUGUUCCAGUUAAGCAUGGCAUUCAACCUAUGACAUCUGAUUAUAAGGUGACAACAAAAGGAACCACACAAAGGGAAGUAAAGGAAAAGAAAGAGAAAACAAUGCUCAGAGAACCUGAUCUUUCAGGUUCCAUGAAUGAUACAUGUAAAAUUGUACUUGCAACUCCCAGAGUUCAUAUAACAAUACCUCAGAGAUCAGAAAGAAAUGCAUCAAGGUGUUCUCUUCCAAGUACAUUUCAAACUAUUACAAAUGAAGUUAAAAAAAAUAAGGUAGUUCAGCUGAAGGAUUGGAUGAUUAAAAGCAUCAAGGAUAACACUGCUGUAUGUGUAGAAGGAAAACUGAUAGAUGUCACUGACAUAUACUGGCACAGUAAUGCAAUUAUAGAACGAAUUGAGCACAACAAACUUAGGACUUUAUCAGGCAACAUUUACAUAUUGAAAGGAAUAAUAGAUAGGAAUUCUAUGAAAGAAGCAGGAUAUUCAAAUUAUUUCAUAAGGAAGUUUAUGUUUGGAUUUCCAAAAAAAUGGGAAGAGUACAUUGGUAGUUUUCUAGAACAAUUAAGGGCUUGUGAAAAAAAAGGGGGGAAAGCCAGAAAAAAUCAGAAAAUUGGAUUAUUUGUCCCUGAUGUUCAAAAAUCAAUGAAAAGUGAUGCAGGAGAAAACCAGUCAGAUGUCCUUCAAAGAGCCCAAACCACUUAUGACCUUGAUUAUGAUCAUUUGGAACAGAAUAGUAAGCACAAUGGGUUGCCAGGAGCUACAGAGUUAAAUGUUUGCCAUAGUAAUCAACAAAAUAAACCAACAUUAAGGUUUCCAGAUGAUCAAAUAAAUAGUACUGUUCAAGCUGGAGGAGAAUAUGACUUAUCUAAUCAGGGGCUUUGUGAACUUUCUGGCUCUGCCUUAGUGAUUAAUGCUGGGAACAAGCCUCCAGGCCUAUGCUGUCGGGGGUUGGUGAAAGGGUUGCAAGCCUUGCAGCUACCCCAGUUACCAGAUCACCUGAUUUUCCUCCCCACCACCUGGACUCUAUGUGCCCACUUGCGCAAAAGAAUUGAAGAUUUGAAUGUAUCCAUUGAUAUUCUAACCUCAAGUGAACAGUUUUUCUUAGACAAAGGAAGAAAAUACAUGACUGUUAAUCCAAGAGAAGCUUAUAUUUUAGUAACACCACUUAAAUCUAAAAAGGUGAUAGAGCAAAAAUGCAUGAAGUAUAAUCUGUCUUCUAGCACCAUUAAAGCAGUAACAGAUUGUGUAGUACCAAGGCAUCAGGAAGAAAGUGAAUCAGAAAUAAAUGAAACUGUAAACAUGACCUGUAAGCCCACAGAGUCUUUAGAAGAUGCAAGUGAGUACAGUGUGGGGCAUAAAUAUGAAAACAAGGAAAGUUGCGCUGAAUGUGAUAUACUCACUAUUGGGCCUAAAAAGGAACAAAUGAUCACUUCUGACUUAAAAAAAAGUCCCAAGUUGUUACCAAAAUCGAAGAAAAUCAAAAAUCAAGUAACUAUGUCAUUUUAUAAGCAUGAAUCUUCAUCAAAUUUGUCUAGUGAAGAGAGUGAAACAGAAAAGGAAAUUAGAAGGAAAACUGGUAUUAAAAAAGUCAGAAGAAGUACCAGAAAAACAGUGAUUCAGCUAAGAAAAAGUACAACAAACACAAGGAAAAUCCCAAUGACUUCUCAAUCUGAAACUGAAGAAAGUGAAAAUGAAUUUCAUAUCAGACCAAAAAAAGCCAGAUGUUCUGCUAAAGAAACUCAGCAGAAAUCUGGUGUUAGGAAUAAGCUUCCAACUAUUGAGGUGAUGGGAUCUGGUAAGAUGGACAGCCAUUCCUUAAAAUAUUCACCUGCUGUAAUUCAAAGUGAGGACUGGAAUGAGGAGGAGCUACAGAAACUCCAUUGUGCUUUUACAUCUCUACCAAAGCACAAACCUGGCUUUUGGUCAGAUGUAGCUAUGGCUGUAGGGUCUCGAUCUGCUGAAGAAUGCCAGAAGAAAUACACAGAAAAUCCCCGAGAAAAAGGAUCGCGGAAACAUGUCACUGAGAAAAAGCCAGUCAAUCCCAAAAACCGAAAUGGCAAAAUAGGUGAUGCUGCUAAGACACAAAUAGUUAAGAUAACUGCUAGAGUGGGAACUCUUAAAAGGAAGCAGCAGAUGAGGGAUUUUCUGGAACAGUUGCCAAAGGAUGACCAUGAUGAUUUUUUCAGUACAACCCCUUUGCAGAAUCAAAGAGUACUGUUGCCAAGUUUCCAGGAUAGUCAAGAAGAAGAUGAUAUUCUGCCAAACAUGGACAGAAAUCCGUCACCUCCAUCAUCAGUUAUCUUUCCACUGGCAAAAACUCCUCAGUGUCAGCAUGUUAGCCCUGGCAUGCUAGCCUCUAUAAAUAGGGAUGAUUGUGAUAAAUAUGUCUUUCGUAUGCAAAAAAACCAUAAAAGUGGUGUUGUCUGGGGCAAUAUCAAGAAAAAAAUAGUUGAAAAUGAUUUUUCAACUCCAACUUCAAGAAAAACCUCAUUUAACAAAGAAUUAGGAGAAAACUCUGGUAUUGGAAAACUUUUCACUAAUGCUAUGGAGUCUUUAGAUGAAGAAGAGAAAGAUUAUUAUUUUUCAAACUCUGAUUCUGCAUAG